AUCACCGAGUAGUUGCUAUCGGCUAUGCAAGUGCUUCGGUUUACUGAGAGUUUAGGUGUGCUCUAUAAAGGAUUGUUUUUUUUUCCGCUCUGAUAUGCGUUCCCUGGCUUACGUGGCUAUCAGCGUUCAGCUAUUCGUCGGACUGCAGUGCCAGAGUUUGCCUGCCAAGGUGAAAAAAUGUCAUUACGGCGACGGAAAGUGCUUAGUAGAGUCGGCCAAUGCCUUGCUGAGGAACUUCCCAAAGGGCAUACCCGAGGUCAAUCUGAAGCCCUUCAAUGUGCUGCCCGUGCGGGACUGGCUGCUGGUCAAUGAUUCCCAGGUGGGUGGUGCCUGGUACUUCUUCGAACUGCUUAACCAGAUCAACUACGGCUUCGAGAACACCACCAUUACGGAGAUCCGGGGCUUCGACAAAGAUCCCACAGCCACCAGGAUCGAAAUUCAUGGGAAGAUUCCCCGGCUGGUCUACAAGGGCGACUAUUUGGCCAAAGGUCGGAUGCUCUGGUUCGUGGAUAUAAACUCUCACGGUACCUCCGAGUCGGACUUCCUUAAUUUCCGGUUCGAUCUAACGUUAAAAGUGCGCAUCGAGUACAGGAACAACAAGCGAUACCUAAAGAUCUAUGAACUUGUUCCGAAUAUAAGACUGGAUCGGUGGAUAAUGUGGCUGGAUAACUUCUUUCCAGACAAUGAAGACCUGACCAUAGCUAUCAACAAUCUGUUUAAUCGGAAUUGGGUGGAGUUCUGGAACGAACUAGAGCCGGGAAUUCUAAGCCUGUUUGAAACCGUCUUCCUAAGCUUGUUCGAAGAUUUAUUCGAAAAAGUACCUUACGAUGAUCUGUUCCUAGCCGAUGAAGACUCCAAAUAGACUUUAGCUUAGUAAUAAGUUAUUAAACAUAAUGUAGUGUAAAUAAAAUAGGGUAAAAAAUUCUUAACUAAA